GCACGCUAUUUUGCCGACCCCUCUGUAUCAAUCGUACUGCACAAGUCCAGAUCGAACUGAAAAAAAAUCUCCCCGGCUCACCUCUCCUUCUCAUCGGACAUUCCGGCUCUAACCUCCACCAACUCACCAAGCUGGGACGCCAAGUCGCCGGUCGCCUCUUUUAUCCUCAAAACAUGAGGAUAACCUUGCUUGCUGACUGCUCCUUGCUGAUAAACAAAACUCAAGCAAAAGGCACUAAUAACGGAAGUAUGUCAUAGCAAAGAAAUUGCAGAGUUACUUAAGGUAACAAUUUCUUCUGUUGCCUCAUUUUGAUGCAACUAAUUGAGCUUACUGGUAGCAAGAGUCAAAUGGGUGCAUGGGAAUGCUUGAAGUUUUAUACUAGUAAAGUUGGGUACUCAAUGUCCUCUAUUUCACCAUACAGAGUAUAUCUGGGGUUAGGGCUGCAAACAAAAUAUGAGAUCUGUAAAACACUUCAUCAUGAAGCUAAAUCAAUGCUGGAGGGCUUCCUUCACCGGAUAGUUAUCACAUUAAUCUACUUCUAUUCUGAAAAUGUCAAGAAAAAGAUUAGAGGUGUCAAAAAAGGGAAGCAGAAAGGACGAAAACUGCUCACUGAACAAGAUAGUGCAAUUUUUUCAUUUUAGAGCCUGAGCAGUUGAUCCAUCCAAUGCUAGUAUAAGGUAUAAUGUUAUAUAUAAAGUUCUCUAGCUAUUGGUUUUAUGUUUUGCUUAAAAUUAUAAUAACCCUGUAAGGCAAGUCUUCAAAUUCUGUUAUCGUUAAGUUUGCCUUCUGUGUUUUGAAAAAAAAAAUAGGGAGAAAGCAAGCUUUGAUAUCACUUUCAGACAAGAAGGAUCUUUCUCUGCCUAGAAAUGGAUUACAAAAAUUAGGGUAAGUAUAUUAUCUUAUUUAACUAGUUGCCUCGCUCAUUGUCAAUAGCCUGCUAUAUAACUUUAACUUCAUUUGAAAGAGGUUAUUAAUAGCUACCACGUUGAUUAAAAAGUUUGUGCUCCUUUGUAACUCCAUUUCCUUUGCUGUCACAUUUGUGUCAUAGUGGUUGUGAUCUCAUUGCAGGCACAUAAAAGAAAAAGAAGUACAUGAAGAUUGUAAAUAGAUUGAGAAGAUCUAUGAACAAAAUGACCCAAAAUGAAGAUCUAUUUACAUGAAGAUUGUAAAUAGAUUGUAAAUAGAGUCAAGUCAGAAGAAUUGCGUAUCAAAAUGACCCAAAGGAAGAUUGAAUGUCAUGAUAUAAAGACAAACAAAAUAACCGUUGUGGGAGCAAUUAACGAAUGCUCAAAAACAUUCAAGCAGAAGAAAAACUAAAACAAAAUCUAUAAGUGGUUGAUUGGAAUCAAACAUGCGUGGAAAUUUAUGUUGCGCGAAAUCGCGAAAAUCAUAAACAAACAAGAAAUCGAAGACGUUAACUUUUUUUCAAAAAAUGCUUGUUUGGAGAGUUUCCAAAGAAUUUUCAUGAAGUUUGAGAAACAGGUACUCUUUUUGGAAAGCUUGCGUGCUACCUAGAUGUGAAUGAAGGAAUGAUUGUGCGUUUCCAAUUACCAUUGAGCCGGUUGUGAAUGUUGGUAUUCUUUUGACGUGAAACGUACUUAUCAUUUUAAAUUGUUAAGAAUUAAAUAAUCGUAGCUGCUGCGCGCGCCUCCAACAUUGCUGGGCGCACCCAAUUUGUGCAAUUCUAGACAAUUUUGUCCUUGGUCAAAGUUCACGUCACUCCUAAUGUGCGACGUAAAACAUCUUCCUUCAUUAUUGAUUUUUAAUUUUUUAAUUUUAAAUUCUCGUAGGAAUGAUAGGAUCACAGCUCACAAGAGCCAAGUCUAACAAUUUGACAUUUACCCUCCCUCCAACAAUUUGUUGCCAUGUGGCCAAUUUGCCUUUUUUUUUAUAAAAUGUUAUUACUUUUCUAAUUUUGGUGCUACUUUUAUAAAAAAUAUAUCAAAUUAAAUAAUUUUUUAUGAUCUGACAUCAAUAUCAUAUAUGACAUCAAUAUCAUAUAUGUAAAAAUUUAAAAAAAAAAACAUUUGGUGAAGUCUGUUGAACAGCUGAUUAAUGUAUAUUUACUACGUAGUAUUUUUUAAAUCUACUCUAGUUUGAUCUGAACUCAUUUGUUGAAUUUGUCUAGAUCGAAAUCAAUUCAAUUAAAAAUAUUCUAAGUAUCAUUCGCGUCCGAAAUCUAGUUAUGUACGGAGUAACAAUGUAACAUAUAUGGUCAAAAAAUUAAUAAUGCUUAUUUAUAUUAAAACUUUGGAUUUAUAAAAAUAUAUUAAACUAGCAUUCUAAAUUAUAUAUAGGAGCCGUUAAUUUAUAAAAAGACAAUUGCAAUUUGAAGUGUACUUAUUAGUGUGACAGAGAUUUAUUUAUUGGGUGUCAUUAAUUUAUUGUUAUACUAUCAAUAAUCUUAUUGUCUAGUCUAAACUAGUCUGUCCUAUUAGAUGUUUGUUUAUGUGGG